AUGACUGAAUAUGACGAUAUUGACGCAUUGGCUGUACUAGGUGUGACAGAGGAGGCUAGUGAAGCUGAGAUACGUAAAGCUUACAGGAAACGUAGUUUGAAAGUACACCCGGAUAGAAAUCCAGACAAUCCAGUGGCAGCUGAGGAAUUUCACAAAUUGACAAUAGCAGCUGAAAUACUUCUCGAUCCAUCGAAAAGAAUUCAAUUAGCGGAUGUAGCAAAGGCUAAGAAAGCUAAAGCAGAACGUUUUGCUAAAUUUGAUACCCGAAGGCAAGAUUUACAAGCUGAUUUAGAUAGACGCGAGAAAGAAGCUCUAGAAGAGCGAAAACUGGCACAAAAGCAGAAAAGAGAUGCACAAUCUGAGUUAGAAAGGGUACGCGAAGAGGGUAAACGUAGGCGGAUGGACAAAACACAACAACUCAAUCAGGAUCUCGAAAGAGAGAGUAAAUUGAACCUUGAUAAAGACCCCGAGGAAUCAUCACCUCAAGACAAAGUCAUUAGAUUGAAAUGGACACGUAAAGAACGUCCAAAUUGGUCAGGCGAUGUUAUUGAAUCUAAUAGGGAUGCAAUUUUUGCAAUACUGAGUACAUUCGGUAAGGUAAAUCAAGUUGUUUUACCACCAAAGAAGGAAUUUACAGCUUCUGGCAAGAAACCUAAAUCAUCGUCUGCGAUCGUUGAAUUUGAUGAUCUUGUUGGUGCUUUUGGAGCUGUUCAGAGUAGUAAAAGGGGCGUACUUGAUGGCGUAUCAGUUGAUUGGAUCGGCGGUGUUGAACCUUCAUCUAUUCAGGAACUUAGAGAUAGUGGACGGCUACAUGGGAAGUCUGAAAACACCUCUGGUGAUACCCCUUCAUUUGACUUUACCAUUCCCGUUCCAAAUAGCAAGAUAUCCUACGAAAGCGAAACUCUAAUGCGCAUGAAAGAGAGGGAGAGAUUGAGGCAACAGAUACUUGAAGAAGAAGGAGAAUAG